AUGGUUCGUUACGCUGCCAAAGCAUCCAAUCCCGCUAAAUCAGCUUCAGCUCGUGGAUCAUACUUGAGAGUUUCAUUCAAGAAUACUAGAGAAACUGCACAAGCAAUCAAUGGUUGGAAAUUAACUAAAGCUCAACAAUACUUGGAUCAAGUCUUGGACCACAAAAGAGCUAUCCCAUUCAGAAGAUUCAACCACUCCAUUGGUAGAACCGGUCAAGGAAAAGAAUUUGGUGUCACUAAAGCAAGAUGGCCUGCAAAAUCUGUUAAUUUCAUCAAGGAUCUUUUAAGAAAUGCUCAAGCCAAUGCUGAAGCAAAAGGUUUGGACGUUGAAAAAUUAAUCAUCUCAAACAUUCAAGUCAACCAAGCACCAAAACAGAGAAGAAGAACAUACAGAGCUCACGGUAGAAUAAAUGCUUACCAAUCAAGUCCUUCUCAUAUCGAAUUAACCUUGACUGAAGAAGCUGAAACUGUUGAAAAAGCUACCGAUAAAGCUGUUGUAAGAUUAAACUCUAGACAACGUGGAAGAUUGGCUAGUCAAAAACGUUUGACUGCUGCUCCUGCUGCUGCUUCUGCUUAA